CAUCCAAAGUUAAUUUGCCACAAGUCGGUGUUAAAAAAAAACAUAGAAGUCAUGUGUCCAAUAUCUGAACUUGCACGACUUGUAAUCAUUUGCAGAGACCAAAAAACACUUUACACUUGGAGAAAAAAAGCUUUAUAUACUUAAACUCCAAAACUCAUCUUCCUAGAGAGAAUCAUACAAAAGCUUGUAGUUCAAUCACAGACAGACAAAAAAAAAGGCAGCUUCUUCAUCAUCCCAUUCUUUACUUGAACACACAAGCAAACUUUAUUUCUGAUAGUUUAAUCAGAAUACAUUCCUUUCUUCCCUAAUUGGGUUUCCCUCUUAGUGAUUUCAUUCCCUCUUUAAAUCUCCCUUGUCACUCAAGAAACCAAAGAAAACCUUCACCAUGAGAAACAGAACCAAACUAGUCGUACACGUUGUCGAUGCUCAAAACCUUAUGCCCAGAGAUGGCCAAGGCUCAGCGAGUCCUUUUGUAGAAGUUGAUUUCCUUAACCAGUUGAGCAAAACCAGAACCGUACCCAAAAGCCUUAACCCUGUUUGGGACCAGAAACUCUACUUUGAUUACGACCACAAAGUCAGAAGAGACAACCACCACAUUGAAGUCUCUGUUUACCACGAGAGAAGACCUCUUCCCGGUAGAAGCUUCCUCGGUAGAGUCAAGAUCUCUUUCUCUAACAUUGUUCAAGAAGGCGAACAAGUGUACCAGCGCUUCACGUUGGAGAAGAAGUCGGUUCUUGCUUCUGUCAAAGGUGAGAUUGGUCUCAAAUUCUAUAUCUCAUCGUCUGAACAAGACCAACGCUCUUCUCCUUCUAAACAUUACACCACCUCACCAACGCAAGCCUCUUCUACUGCAAUAGAAGAAGAUAUUACUGAUUCUGAAACAGAAGAUUCUCGAGAGAGCUUUGCAUCAGCAGAAGAGCAAGAAGAUCUUGCUGAUGAUUCUGCCAGUGAGCGUGUAGAAGGCAAGAAGGAAUCAUCAGAAGAAACAGAACCUGAACAAUUUGAAGAAGCUGUUCAAACACUACAUAGACAAGAAGUCCUUCCUCGGCCUGCACCAAUGCAUUCCAUUCGCCUAAGGUCUCGUGAACACCCCCAAGAAGCCAACAACAAUCCACACUCUCGUGGAGCUAACCAGAUUCACUCUCAGCAUCCCCGUGGAGCUAACCAGCUUCACUCUCAGCAGCCGCGUGGAGCUAACCAGCUUCACUCUCAGCAGCCGCGUGGAGCUAACCAACCUCCUCAACCCCCUUACAACAACGCCAACCACAUGCAACCAUACGGUGAUCACAUUGAUCCAGAAGACUUCAAGGUGAAGGACAUGAACCUGGAACUCGGAGAGAGAUGGCCAAACACAAACGCUGGAGAGAGAUUCACAGGCACAUACGACCUAGUGGAACAGAUGUUUUAUCUCUACGUCCGAGUCGUCAGAGCCAAAGACCUCCCACCUGGUCUAAUCACCGGAGGAUGUGAUCCUUACGUGGAGGUGAAGCUUGGGAACUACAAGGGAAGAACAAAACACUUUGACAGAAAGACAACACUUCCCGAGUGGAACCAAGUCUUCGCGUUUACCAAAGAACGGAUCCACUCGUCGGUUCUUGAAGUCUUUGUCAAGGACAAGGAAACGCUAGGUCGAGAUGACUUUCUUGGGAAAGUGGUGUUCGACCUCAACGAGAUCCCAACGAGAGUUCCACCCAACAGUCCUUUAGCUCCUCAGUGGUACCGUUUAGAGGACUGGAGAGGAGAAGGGAAGAUAGUAAGAGGAGAGAUCAUGCUCGCUGUCUGGAUGGGAACUCAAGCCGACGAAGCUUUCCCUGAAGCGUGGCAUGCUGACUCUGCUUCUGUUCACGGAGAAGGCGUGUUCAACGUUAGAUCGAAAGUAUACGUCUCUCCUAAGCUUUGGUACUUGCGAGUCAAUGUCAUCGAAGCUCAAGACAUGAUCCCGAGCGAUAGAAACCGUCUUCCUGAUGUCUUUGUCAAAGCCAACGUCGGAAUGCAAACUCUCAAGACCAAGAUUUGUCCUGUGAAGACGACGAAUCCGUUAUGGAACGAAGAUCUUGUCUUUGUGGUCGCUGAACCGUUCGAAGAGCAGCUGGUGAUCUCUGUGGAAGACCGUGUUCACACGUCUAGAGAUGAAGUGAUCGGUAAGAUCAGCUUGCCGAUGAACGUGUUCGAGAAGCGGUUAGACCACCGUCCUGUUCACUCUCGUUGGUUCAAUCUUGACAAGUACGGUGUUCUCGAGGGAGAUCCGAGGAGGAAAGAGCAUAAGUUCUCGAGCAGGAUUCACCUGAGGAUCUGUCUUGAAGGAGGCUACCACGUGAUGGACGAGUCGACGAUGUAUAUUAGUGACACGAGACCAACGGCUAGGCAGCUGUGGAAACAGCCGGUGGGGAUGUUGGAGAUUGGGAUCCUUGGAGCGAAAGGGUUGGUGCCGAUGAAGUUGAAAGACGGUAGAGGAAGCACUGAUGCGUACUGUGUGGCUAAGUAUGGUCAAAAAUGGGUGAGAACCAGAACCAUUCUUGAUUCACUGAGUCCAAGAUGGAACGAGCAGUACACAUGGGAAGUCUAUGAUCCUUGUACUGUUGUCACUCUUGGUGUUUUCGAUAACUGUCAUUUGGGUUCAGCUCAGUCCGGUAACGGCUCCACUAGAGAUGCAAGAAUAGGAAAGGUUAGAAUCAGGCUGUCUACACUAGAGGCUCAGAAGAUCUACACGCAUUCAUUUCCACUUCUUGUUCUGCAACCGCACGGCCUCAAGAAAACAGGUGACCUCCAGAUAUCAGUUCGUUUCACAACUCUUUCUCUGGCCAACAUCAUCUACAACUACGGCCAUCCGCUUCUCCCCAAGAUGCACUAUCUUUCCCCUUUCACGGUGAACCAAGUAGACGGGUUAAGGUACCAAGCGAUGAACAUCGUUGCAACCCGACUUGGACGAGCCGAGCCGCCGCUGAGGAAAGAGGUUGUUGAGUACAUGUUGGAUGUAGACUCUCACCUGUGGAGCAUGAGAAGAAGCAAAGCCAACUUUUUCCGCAUCAUGUCGCUACUCUCCGGCUAUUUCUUGGUUGGGAAAUGGGUUGAGGAUAUCUGCAACUGGAGAUACCCAGUUACUUCUGUUCUGGUUCAUGUCCUGUUCUUUAUCUUGGUCAUGUACCCUGAACUCAUCUUUCCCACAAUGUUUCUCUACAUGUUCUUUAUUGGAUUGUGGAACUUCAAGUCUAGGCCGAGACAUCCUCCUCACAUGGAUAUGAAGCUCUCUUGGGCCGAGGCUGUUAAUCCUGAUGAGCUUGAUGAAGAGUUUGACACGUUCCCAACGUCUAGGUCACAGGACUUGGUCAGGCUGAGGUAUGACCGGCUCAGGAGCGUUGCGGGUAGGAUCCAGACUGUGGUUGGGGAUAUAGCAGCUCAGGGAGAGAGAGUUCAGUCGCUUCUGAGCUGGCGAGACCCCAGGGCUACAAGCCUAUUCAUUUUGUUCUGCUUGGCUGCAUCCGUGGUUCUUUAUGCUAUGCCGUUUAAAGCAAUCACACUGGCUGGUGGGCUGUACUAUCUAAGACACCCAAAGUUUAGAAGCAAGUUGCCUUCUUUGCCAAGUAACUUCUUCAAGAGAUUGCCAUCUCGCUUAGACAGUCUUCUUUAACCUAAACACUUUCUUAAGCAAUAUUUUACAGUUACAAUAUGUUUCUUUCAUCUUUUUCUUCCAAGUUUCAAUAAUUAUAAAGAAUCUUUUUUUUUUGACCAAAAAAAAAAAAAUCUUUUUUUUCAAACAACAUUGUCAGUUUUUUUUAAUGAUGUAACUAAUAAUAACAAAUGAUGCAUUAUAGAUGUUUUUACCAAUUCUUUCUCCAAGUAAAGUUUUGCUUAUUUAAGUAUGUAAACAAACCAGGGAUUAAAAAAAUAUGACUACUUCCUUGUCUUACAAGUUGUCUGGCAUCAUGGUUGAAUUACAGAAAGAUAAAUCUGGUGAAGAUUGUUUAAUCAUAUAAUUGAACCUUUGAAAAAAGGGGCAGGCUUCAACGACAGAGUGAUAUCGCUGUAAGGUCGGUUCUAUUGCACAUCAAUAAGUCCUCUAAACUUUCAGUACGUACCUGUAAUAUAAAAACCAACCUACUCAGUUAGAGGCAAUGCAGAGACAAUGAAAAGAAUGAGAGUAUUAACUACCAGGUGUCUCGAAGAACAUUCGAGCAGCUAGCUAGCUUCCUUGUCUUUCCUGCCAAGAUCUUGUUCAAACUUAGAUCUUCAGAAUGAUGCCUUGAACUGGGUCUAUUUGAAGAACGCUUGUUAAGAUACUGAGACAUGUCUGUGCAAUUAAUGUUCAAUGGAUUUUACAAGUUAUUAAAGAAACAGAAGACUCUUAAAGCUACAUGGUAUCAGUUUGGGAAAAAGGAUCAAAAUCUUGACUAGAUGGUGCCACUUCCAUCCAGGAACUAAAUAUAUGAACCAGAAAAUGGUAAAUAUAUGAUCAUCCCUAUGAUCAAUCAUUUCAAACCUAACCAGAGAGAUUGGUGAACCAAAAUGAUCUAAAAGUUUGAAACUUUUUUAUCAAAGCAGGAAAGGAGCCAACUCCUCCCAUGCCCUCAUUUCUUUAGUUUAUGAGAACUAAAAGUCUCAAACCAUCAAAAUUUUUGGGCCAGUUAAGAAGCCCAUAAGUUUUCUU